AUGUUUUUGCACUGUGAAACAAAAAGUAAGACUGCACCGUGCAGAUUUUUCAAUUCGGGCGUACGUUAGUUGGAUUCGCUCGUACAUAAGUUAGAAUAAAGUAGCAAAAUCUAUUACAAUAUCCAUUAUAUCACAAUAAAACAAACGAAACUGCCUAUAACUUCAAUUCAACAUCUAACUAACUAAAUUUAAGAAAAUUCCAGUAAUUUUACACAAAAAAUUAUUAAAAUCAAAAUUUCAGCGCGGAGCCGACGAUGUGAGCAAUUUCGACGCCGAAUUCACUCAUGAAGCCCCCAAAUUGACGCCCGUUGAUCGGCUAUUCUUGAUGAAUUUGGAUCAAAGCGAAUUCGAAGGUUUCACGUUUGUGAAUCCGGACUUUGUACAGCCCGUUCCGGUGGCUAACAACAACAACGAGUGA